AUGGAGUCAGCGUCGGGACGUGUCCAGGUGUGGGCCCGCGUCCGGCCUCCGAUCGCACAGGACCAUGGCCCCUGUACUGCCGUGGACUGCUGCGAGUCGACGAAGACGGCCAAGCUUGCCUCAUUUGCCCAUCAUUCCUUGAUCGAGCCCGAUACCUAA